UCCGAUUCACCCUCCAGUCUAGAGAGCAAACUAACGUUAGAGUAGUGAGGGCCAAGCCGCCGCCAUAGCCGCUUUCUAAGCUGGCUUCAAGAGUCUGUAAAAUAAUUACAUUUUUUCACCGUUAACGUGCUCUUACAAAUAAAACAAAGUGUUUUUAAUUUAGAGAAAUUUGUAAUAAACAUUGUGCUUUGAUUAUCAUCAGUAAUCAAGUGAUUAAUUGAAAUAAAAUAAAAUAAUAAUAAUGUUUUAUAAUAAGAGUAAUAAGUACAAAAAAUGUGUGAUAAAAACUCUCAGUUUGCUUGAUAAUUUUUAUGGCAAUCGAUGCUCCAAUAUCAAAGUUAUCUUUAUUUAAAGAUGCUCUAAAUAAUCCUCGUAAAUAUCUAACAAAUAAAUGGGUUUUAGAACGCGCAAGACUCUGCAGUGGUUACAAAAGCAGAGCCAAUCACGCGUUCAAUGAAUCCCGCCAUGUCACAACCAUUAUAAACGUUUGAAAAGCUCCCAAAGUGUCCAAAGAUUCUAUACAAUAAUAUAUGUUAUGUGUUUAUUUACUAUUAUACAACAUUUUGAUUUAUUUUUAUUCAAGUGAAAUGAGUUAUUUAUUCAAAGUAUUGGCGGCGUGUUCACCAAAAGCUAAUGAUAGCUAUGCUAAUUUACUAGGCCCAAUCAUCAAGACAAUGUGUUGGAAAAUAUUAACUGAUUUUCAAUUAAUCAACACUUGGUUUAUUUUUCAAAGAAGAAAAAUAUUGAAAUCAAGUAAAAAUAUCAUAGACUCCAUUUUAAUCAUUUAGAUUAUUAGUUAGUUCUUUGUUCUAAAGCAACUUCUCUUUCAAAUAAUACGUACUUUCAAUAUGUGUUCUUUACAGUGAAAUAAAAAACUCUUUUAUGGACUCGAAACUGAAGAUGAGGUAUAUUUAAUGUACAAAUAAAAGAAAAUUGCUUAUGCAAGCGAGCAAUCGAGAAUAUCCGAGUAUCACAACGCAUGGGAAAUGAAUUGCUAGCACAUCAUGGACACUUGUUGCUCGAGCGAGUCAUAAGAGAUCGUAGUAAACAACCGCGAAGAAGAGGAACAAGUGUAAGAAGAGGAUAUGAAAAACUAGGGAGGAAAAAGCUGCCGUUUAUUAUAAGAAACCAACAAUAACACUGGCCUGUUUAGUAGUUUGGCGUAGAGUAAUUAGAUAAUUCUUCCACGAGUGUUGAUCUUGAAAGCACACAAUGUUGAAGCAAAGGUCAUUGACAUCAACCCAGCGGUGACAUUAGAUUGUGUAGGGUCCAAUGAUUGGACAGAGUAACUUUUUGAUAAACCAACGUAGCCGUGAGUUAAUAAAUAGACGAAUAAAAAUUUAUAAUGAUGAGGUGAAAUGAAUGGGUUAUCGAGAGGAUUGCGGUGAAGAAGCGGCUCUUGGUAUCACGAGCAGCCGUAGAGAAGUUGGUGACCAGUUGAACUCUAGCAGUGAGAAUCAGGUGGAAAAGGAUUAUUUCAACACGUGGAGGGACGCGGCUACGGCGGCGGCUGCGCCGACGACCAUCAGAAGGCUGGAUUACCUCCGUGGAAUGUCUUCGGGCGCCAAGCGGCUCAUGCAGUCGCUGAGGGGCCGUAGCGGUGCAAGUGCUAGUGAUCAAAGUGCACAUGCGAGAAAUGAUUGCUCUGCUGGUAGAGAUACAGGAGCAUCAAGUACUAGUGCUACACGACUUUGCUAUUAUGACAGUGGUCAUGAGCUAGAUGAGAUCUCAGUCGUAGGUGGCGCCGUCACUCCUACUACUCCUUGUCAUUGUUCAGGUAACAAGUACGGAAGUGGACAAACUUUGUACAGCAUCGCUACGUCUGUACUACCAGUACCUACUUCUAUUCCUGUUGCUUCAUCCGCAAUAACUUCAACUCCAAGAAGCAUUGCCACGUCCGUAGGUCAACCAUCAGCCAGCAGCUUUCCGGGUUUAGCUGACUGUGAAGACAGUGACAAAAGAAUUGGCAAUGCUAAAGCUGACAUCAAGCACAGAGGUAGAGAUGAUGAUACUAAAAGUGUUGAAAGCACCAUUUCUAGGUCGAGACAGAGUCUCAUGGAUCUUGUGGGUAAUAAACUGAUGGGUAGACCUUCAAAUCAUCGCUAUUACCAUCAACAUCAUUAUCAGCAACAUUCACAACACAAACAGGAACGUUUGCGUCAAUCACAACAACGACAGAUUUACUUUGUUUCGCAGAGACACUCUGGUUCUUCUCACGACUCUUUGCACGGCGCGUAUGUAAAUCGUGGGGCAAGUGAACUCGACCUCAGUCGCAAGUCAAAGAGGAAGGAUCAGCUGCGAGGUAAGUUAAAAUUUCCAAAUGUCGGGAGCUUAAGUUCUUCGAGGGAGGUGUCCCAUCUGCGCAGUCUUGCUUCAACGAAUCAUCUGAAUGGUAACAGCAGUUGCAAUGGUACUGAAACGAGAUAUACAGCACAACAGCAACAACAGCAAAGAGGAAGUAGAGGAUAUCCAGGGCAACCAGGAACACGCGGCUUCCGAACUGGUGCACCAAAUUGGUCAUUUGUCUUUGACCCAGCUGGACGCUUGAGUUACUAUUGGUCUAUGGUUGUUUCACUAGCAUUUCUCUACAACUUUUGGGUCAUCAUCUAUAGGUUUGCCUUCCAGGAAAUAAAUGAUAAAACCCGAUUGGUGUGGUUCUGCCUUGACUACUUUUCGGAUUUUCUUUAUGCAGUAGAUAUAGCCUUUCAUUUUCGUACGGGUUAUCUCGAAGAUGGGGUAUUACAGACUGACGCUAUCAAAUUAAGAAAUCAUUACAUGAACAGCACUACUUUUUACAUUGACUGUCUGUGCCUGCUACCCCUUGACUUUUUAUACUUAUCAAUAGGAUAUAACAGUAUACUACGAAGUUUUAGACUCGUUAAAAUCUAUCGGUUCUGGGCUUUCAUGGAUAGAACUGAACGACAUACUAAUUAUCCAAAUUUAUUUCGAUCUACGUCUUUAAUUCAUUAUUUACUGGUGAUAUUUCACUGGAAUGGGUGCCUCUACCAUCUUAUAUCUAAGAACAAUGGUUUUGGGAGCAAGAAUUGGGUAUUCAACGAUUCAGAAGCAGCAGAUGUAGUGAAACAGUAUCUGCAGAGUUAUUAUUGGUGUACUCUUGCCUUGACAACGAUAGGCGAUCUGCCAAGUCGUUUCGAUGUUUCCAGGCCACGAAGCAAAGGCGAGUAUUUGUUUGUCAUCAUUCAGCUUCUGUUUGGUUUGCUUCUCUUUGCGACUGUUCUUGGCCAUGUUGCUAACAUUGUUACAUCGGUCAGUACAGCUAGGAAGGAAUUUCAAGCAAAAUUGGAUGGAGUGAAAACCUAUAUGAGGAUGCGACGAGUGCCUAAUCACCUCCAAAUAAAAGUAAUCAAGUGGUUUGACUACUUAUGGCUGACUCAAAAGUGUUCAGAUGAAGAAAAGGCUGUGAGCUGUUUGCCCGAUAAACUCAAGGCGGAAAUUGCUAUCAAUGUACAUUUGGACACAUUAAGGAGAGUAGAAAUAUUUCAAAACACAGAAGCAGGAUUUCUUUGUGAACUGGUGCUAAGAUUGAGGCCUGUGCUAUUUUCACCUGGAGAUUAUAUUUGUCGAAAAGGUGAAGUGGGCAAAGAGAUGUACAUAGUUAACAGAGGUCGUCUUCAGGUGGUAGCAGAAAAUGGAAAGACAGUAUUAGCAACGCUAAAAGCUGGAUCAUACUUCGGGGAAAUCAGCAUUCUCAAUAUGGGGACCGCAGGUAAAGAGUGCGGUAAUCGACGAACAGCAAGUGUACGUUCAGUUGGAUAUUCGGAUCUCUUCGUACUGAGCAAGAAGGAUAUGUGGGAUGUGCUGAAGGAAUAUCCAGCAGCAAGAGUGCGGCUUGAGGCGAUUGCUGUCAAGAGGCUUGAAAAGUACAAACGUGAUCCACUUGAUAAAGCUCCAUCUAAAAUUAUACCGUCUUUUGCAGCUGCAUUGGCGAGAUGUGCUAGUACACCAGGUCUGGUUGAGUCACGAGGACAAAUACCUUUAGAAGAUAUGUGGGUUUCACCUGUCGAAUUACGAACACCUCAUUCUCUGUUAUCUCCUAGUCCGAGUCCCAUUACUGCCUCCUAUCAGGGAUUGCGGCCAGGGGAAACUGGAGACACCGCUGUUGCUGGAGUUGUCACGUCCACCCCGAGAGCUGUAGAUAGUCCAAUGAGCGCGACAAGUAGCGGGAGAAGCAGUGAAGAUCAGACGGCAAGGGCUCCUCAUUCAACAAUGACACAACCAUCAAUUGGUCGACAGUCAACUCAUUCAGGUAUGACAUGUAAUAGCAUGACUCAAUUAAUGUCAGAAGGUGCAGCAACGCCUUUACUUGGAGUAAGUAGUCAUGAAGCUCUCUUAGCAGAAAUAAAGCGUCUUCGAGAAAGACUGGUAUGUUUGGAGAGUGAAAAUGCAGCUAUGAGUGUAAAAUUAAAUCAACAACAGUGGGAAGUAGAACAUAGACUUGCGGAAAUCGAAAUGCAAAUUUGUGGCGCUAGUUCAACAUCAAGUGUUGAAGAUAAUGAGCGAAAUCGCGAGAGCAUUAUUUAACGAGAAGUUUGGCCGCGGUCA